CACGCACACACACCAGGGCUAAAGGAGAGGACAGUUAAAGGUGUUAAUGCUCCUGAACCUUUUCAACAUGACACAUAAUCUCUUUCUUUUCUCCCUGUUUGCUCUUCUGUGCAUUUCUCUCUCGAACAUCGUUCAGUAUCCCGCAGUAGUGAAGGUGUUUCGUGGUGAAACGGUCUCACUGACGUGUGAUACGCAGGAAGUUUUGUACAAAUGUGAUACAAUGUUCUGGUUUAAAGUGGACCAGAGAACCGGAGAGAUGAUGUUGAGCAGAGCUGUUCACACGGAGAAGAAAGAAAAACUGUGUAAAGGAUUCAUCUACAACACGAACACGACUGAUUCAGGAACUUACUACUGCUCGGUUAAACACAGUUUUAUAGCUUACACAGGCAACGGAUCCACUGUAAUCAUUACAGAGCGCAGUCCUCGUCCCAACAUAACGGUCUAUGUCCCGAAUGUGAGUGUCGGACCCUCGGUCUCUCUGCAGUGUGUGGUGAUGGGGGUCGUCCCGUCCGAAGUCAGUGUGUCCUGGGUUAUAGAUGACUCAGAGAUGACCGGGUGGACGGAGUCGGGCUGGACACACACUAACGCCUUAGCUGUAGAUUACACACGUGCUCACAUCAGCGUUCCCUCAGAGAAGUGGACGGAGGCUCGGACCGCGGAGUGUGUGGUCGAGGUGGACGGCAGACGCUUCUCUAAAUCUGUUAAAGCAGGCUCCAGUCAGUUCUGUCUCUGGUUGAUGUUUUUGUGCUCUGGCGUUGCCCUUGUUGUUAUUGCUGUGUUUAGUAUUACCUUUGCUGCAUUACACUCAGGACAGCGUUGCACGCCUACAAGAUCACCCGAAGCUCGCUUCAAUCGGCGAAAUGGAGGAAAAAGGAAGACAGAGAAAUUCUCCACAAUGGAAGUGCAGUACGCAAGUUUGGACCUGAUCAAUAACAGACAACGAGGAAGCAACACGUUAAACAGGAAUGUUGUAUUUAAUGAAAAACCCCUCUCCAGGCUCAUGCAUGUUAAGAAUCAGAGCAUGUGCAUGUCCUCUGGUUUCCUUGCAACAACAACAUCAACAGAAAAAAAACCCCAAAGUGUCACUGUUUGUGCUACAUUUGCAUGCUGGAGAAGUACACUGCGGAUUUCACUGAAGGGUCGUGAAACCACAACGAGCUGAAACGAAGGUGUGCAAUGGCCCCUAAACAGUCUAACGCCGCUUGCCCGAGUCCUGUGUGGUUAGAACAAAGCUAGUCGCAACACACAGCAUCAAAGCAGGAUGUCAGGUGGAAAAGGUCCUCUCAACGGACAACACUGAGCACCUGCUCUGUUACAGCACUGAUA